AUGGACCCAUCUCCCUUGGCUUUGGCUUCAGAGGAUGCAGCAGUCAUUCAGACAGCACACACGUGUUUAAGCCACAAUGCAGAUGGCUCCGAUGGUCCGACUGGCUGCUGCUGUCCUGGUAAUGCAGACAUAAUGGCAGUUAUUCCCAGUGGAGCUCACCCUGUUGCAAGAGCAAUAAAAGCCUCCCGAAAUUCCAGCAAAAGCACCGUGCCUUUAAUCCAAAGGCCUGGAUUCCGACAUCAUAGAUUCGCCCUCUUUGUGCCUUUCCCGACCUCUUUGGAGGCAGAAAUCGCCUGUGGGUCCCUAACUCCUGAUGUCGAACCACACCAAGAACUGGUUGGGAAGGAGCUUAAAGUGAGCGGCAGCAUGCUGGAGAUACACUGGAUCGCGGAAGAUUCUCUCCUCCUCCGAAUUUCCAUCAUGAACUUUCUUGAUCAGCUCUCCCUAGUGGUGAACACUAUACAUCUCUUUGGGCCUCCGGUUUCCUGUUAA